AGAAGAAGAAGAAGAAGAAGAAGAAGAAGAAGAAGUCGAAGACGUCACCACUGAGCUUCCUGGUCGCUUCCGGGUCGCCAUGUUGAUGCGGGGAGGAUUACAUCAGUGCUCCUGAGAGUUGGACGGGUCAUGGCGUGUUACUGUCAAAUCAACGCCAGAUGAACGCGGAAAGUCACCAUUAAGUUUGGUUCGAGAACCAGGAGUUGGUGGAAAGGCAGUCAGAAGAAUGCUGAGCCGGCUCUUCAGGCUGCACGGCCUGCUGGUCGCAUCCCACCCACUGGAAGUGAUAGUGGGAACCAUCGCUAUCACAGUGUGUCUCAUGUCCUUGAACAGCUUCGUGGCCAGUAGCCAGGUGUGCCGCUGGGAUGAGUGCCCAAAGCGUCAGGAGAAGAUUGCGAGCAGCGAUGUCAUCAUGUUGACCGUCACGCGCUGCAUGGCCAUCGUCUACAUAUACUUUCAGUUCAAGAACCUCCGUCAACUGGGCUCCAAAUACAUCCUUGGUAUUGCAGGGUUAUUCACUGUAUUCUCCAGCUUUGUGUUUAGUACAGUGGUCUUUCACUUCUCCGGGAAAGAGCUGACGGGUCUCAAUGAAGCCCUUCCAUUCUUUCUCCUGCUCAUCGACCUGUCCAAAGCUUGUGCUUUGGCCAAAUUUGCCCUCAGCUCAAAUUCUCAGGAGGAGGUUAGGGAGAAUAUUGCCCAUGGCAUGUCCAUCCUGGGCCCCACCUUCACCCUGGACGCUCUUGUGGAGUGCCUGGUCAUCGGAGUGGGGACCAUGUCAGGCGUUCCUCAGCUGGAGAUAAUGUGCUGUUUUGGCUGCAUGUCCGUCCUGGCCAACUACCUGGUCUUCAUGACCUUCUUCCCUGCUUGCGUCUCCCUGGUCCUGGAGUUGUCCAGGGAAUGUCGUGAGGGCCGCCCUGUCUGGCAGCUGAGCCACUUCGCUCGUGUGUUGGAGGAAGAGGAGGUCAACAAGCCGAACCCAGUCACUCAGAGGGUGAAGAUUAUCAUGUCCCUGGGCCUGGUGCUGGUCCACGCCCACUCUCGAUUAGCUACCAACCAGCUGGGGCACAACCGUACCUCGGAGGAAGGGCCCCUCGCCAGCAGGAUGGGCUCCGGAGAUCGAAUGUGGCCCGGGGAGCUGGGCAGCAUGGACCUCCUGGAGCAGGCGGUCAGCCUGCUGCUCGCCCUGCUGCUGGCCCUCAAGUACGUCUUCUUUGAGCCGAGCGAUGCCGAGUCCUCCCUGUCCAUCACAAGCCCCAUCAUGGGCCCCCACAGAGGGGCCCCAGAGAGUUGCUGCAGGCAGGACCCCGCGGCCCUCAUAACUCCCCGGAUCCCCGGGGGGGCUAAGCCACUGGCCACUAGCGGCCCCGCCUGGCCGGCCUGGCCCUGGGAGACCCCGAGCUGCCAGCCUGGGAGUGGCCUCACAGAGAAACUUUCCAGAGGAAAGGCGACUGAGGCCAAAGUGUUCGCAGAGCAGAACGGCUGCUGUGGAUCAGUCCCAGUGGACUCUCCAGCAGGGACUCCUGCACAGACCCCCUCCCCCUCCCCCUCCUCCUCCUCCCCCUCCCCCCCCUCCUCCUCCACCUCCCACCACUGUGGAUCAGUCCCAGUGGACUCUCCAGCAGGGACUCCUGCAUCGACCCCGUCCUCCUCUGAGGACGAAGACCCCCGCAGCCUUGACGAGUGUCUAGACAUCCUGGCUGAUCCCCAGAGAGGGGCCGGACAUCUCAGCGACGCAGAGGUGCAGAAGCUGGUGACCUCCCGCGAUAUCCUGGCCUACAGGCUGGAGGCGGUGCUGCAGGACGCAGAGCGGGGCGUGGCCAUCAGGAGGGACAUGCUGUCCUCCAGACUGCCAGUCCCAAACGCCCUGGACCGGCUGCCCUUCAGGCACUACGACUACUCCAAGGUGAUGGGUAACUGCUGUGAGAACGUCAUUGGCUACAUGCCGGUACCAGUGGGUGUGGCCGGGCCACUCUUAAUGGACGGAGCACAGUUCCACGUCCCCAUGGCGACCACCGAGGGCUGUCUGGUGGCCAGCACCAACAGGGGAUGCAGGACUCUAUGUCUGAGUGGCGGGUGCAGCAGCAGGGUGCUCUCUGACGGGAUGACCAGGGGCCCCGUGGUGAGGCUGGCCUCCGCCUGCAGGGCCGCAGAGGUCAAAGCCUGGCUGGAGACCACCGACGGCUUCUGUGGGAUGAAGGAGGCCUUCGACCAGACUAGCAGGUUUGCCCGCCUGGAGAAGCUGCAUGUGGGCCUGGCUGGGAGGAACCUGUACAUCCGCUUCCAGUCGCAGACCGGGGACGCCAUGGGCAUGAACAUGCUCUCCAAGGGUACAGAGCAGGCACUGCAAAGCCUCCAGCAGCAGUACCCUGACGUGGAGGUCCUGUCCGUCAGCGGGAACUACUGCACGGACAAGAAGCCCGCCGCCAUCAACUGGAUCCUGGGCCGGGGCAAGGCGGCCGUGUGCGAGGCCACCAUCCCGGCCAGGGUGGUGCGAGAGGUGUUGAAGACCAGCACGGCUGCCCUGGUUGACCUGAAUAUCAACAAGAACCUGGUGGGCUCUGUGAUGGCGGGCAGCAUCGGGGGCUUCAACGCCCAUGCCGCCAACAUCGUGGCCGCCAUCUACAUCGCCUGCGGACAGGACCCGGCCCAGACAGUGGGCAGCUCCAACUGCAUCACCCAGAUGGAGGCGUCGGGCCCCGGGGGAGAGGACCUCUACAUCAGCUGCACCAUGCCCUCCAUCGAGCUGGGCACCGUGGGCGGAGGCACCAACCUGCCCCCACAGCAAGCCUGUCUGCAGAUGCUGGGGGUGCAGGGCUCUAGCCCGGGCCACCCGGGGGAGAACGCCCGCCAGCUGGCCCGUGUGGUCUGCGGUGCCGUGCUGGCGGGGGAGCUGUCGCUGAUGGCCGCCCUGGCCGCCGGUCACCUGGUCAAAAGUCACAUGACCCACAACAGAUCUAAAGCCAACUUGUCGGAGACGCCAGCGCAGUCUUGAGGCAGAGUUGGAGUCGAGAGCGUGAUGAAGAAAACACUAAUACGGCGCUUUUCCCUUUUUUAUUGCCAUGGAGUUGUGAGUGCUGAACUGAAUCCCGGUGAAGGAAACAAAGAAUCUUAAAGUGACUUCGGAAAAAAGAUCCCUACCUGUUCUUUUAAGGGAGUAGCAGAAUGUCCCGGGUCAAGGAAACAGGAAGUGGAGACCACAUCUCACUGGAGUGGCAGUGAACACGUCCGGACUGAGCACUGCUCAGCGCUCGCCAAACAAUCUAAAGCUGUGUGCAGACUUCACUGGAUGCUGCUCACCAUCCAAUUCAUCUUAACUUCUUGGUUUAUUUUUGUUUGAAUUGUAAACAAAAACCACUAAUCUGCAUAUGAACUGCAUGUGCCACUUUAUCUGCAUAUGAACACAGUGGUUGUGUGGGAUUGUGUGUUCGGAAAGGCGUUGGCCUUUUCCACCAAAUACCUUGAAUUUAACUCGGGAUCAUUGAUAGAACGGCACUAAGCAAUCGAUGUUACUAAUGGAAAAUAUGUGCAGAAAAUAAUAUUCUAUUGUUCAUGCCAGACCGAUAUGAUUGUUUAUGCUGCUAUUAAUGUGAAAAGAUAUAUAUUGUUUAACAUAGCAAUUCUUUUUACACUACCACUGUAUUGCCUUCAUUUGUUCUGUCUGUUUUUAAAUCAUGUUGAUGCAUUGUAGGUUCAGCACACAACCCCGUUGAGUGUUACCUAAUGGAGUAUGUAUGUAAUUAGUGUGUCUAUUGAAAAUGCCCAAUGAGCCAAGCCAACAUUUUCUGACUUUUUUUGUGAUAUCUCAACUAAUUUCACUACUCUGUCAACCCAGAGUCAAAACACAUAGAGCCAUAUUAACUUAAUGAACAGCUGUACAGAGUAAUGUAAAAAUGUUGGAAGGGUAUUUUUUAUUUAUUGAG